AUGCCCGGCCGAGUCGCCGCCCGCUCGACCUCCGCGACGACGCGCAGGUCAUCACAACAACCUUCUGCGGGGCGUGCCCCCUCAGUGACUCCAUCAUUUACGAUUCCAGAUGAACCUGCACUCCCUGAAGCAUCUCCCAACCUCCGUCGUGAUGUGUGUGCCAUUUUUGCAGAUGCGCAGCGCUCAACUACAGGCCAUCGUAAGCUUGCGGUGCGUUUGCGAAAACUACAAGAAAUUUGCAGCGGAAUUGCCCAAAAGAACAGGAAGGGCAAGGAGCAAGAACAAGAGGAGAUUGUGUUCCCUGAAGAGGAGACGCUACCGGAGAAGGAAUUUAACGUGGAAGUUGGUCGAUGUAUCCUUCGAAUUUUGCCCAUCAAGAAGUCCGAGCCCGUCGGGGACCGUAUCAUCCGCUUCAUGGACAAUUUCCUCGCCCAUGCGUCCGAGAAAGACAACGAGUUAUUUGCCUCGAGCGCGGAUGACGAAUAUGAGAUGCAGACUUCGCCCGAAACCCCGACCUCACGCCUAACCUCGAGCUUGGUCGCCUUGAUGGUGCCCCUCCUGGGUGCCAAGGAUAAGAUGAUACGAUUCCGCGCCACUCAAAUUGUCGCACACAUUGUCAACACCCUUGAGUCAAUUGAUGACGAACUAUACCACACUAUCCAACAGGGUCUGUUAAAGCGAAUCCGCGACAAGGAAUCAUCAGUCCGUGUGCAGGCUGUUCUAGGCCUUGCACGAUUGGCUGGCAACGAUGAGGAAGAGGAUGGCAACGGCGAUAGUUCCACCGCGCUUUUGGAAAAACUUAUUGAAAUUAUGCAAAAUGACACCAGCGCCGAUGUUCGUAAGAAUCUUCUCGCCAACCUCCCACUGGCCCCGGUCACCCUCCCCUAUCUUCUCGAACGUGCCCGCGAUCUCGACGCAGCAACAAGACGCACCUUAUAUUCUCGAAUUUUGCCUACGCUAGGCGAUUUUCGCCACCUGUCCCUAUCUAUGAGAGAAAAAUUACUCCGCUGGGGUCUGCGAGACCGUGAUGAAAGCGUUCGGAAAGCAACCGGCAAGCUGUUCUUUGACCGCUGGGUGGAAGAUUGUGCCGGUACCAACGCCGGGGAGGAAGCGCCUGCAACUGCCCAACGCACAGCUCCUAAAAUCGAUGCUCUUCUUGAAUUGCUUGAGAGAAUCGAUGUCGCCAAUACUGGCAUGGAAAGCGGGAUUGCCCAUGAAGCGAUGCGCAGCUUCUGGGAAGGCCGCGCGGAUUACCGAGAUGCGAUGGUCUUUGAUGAACCCUUUUGGGAGUCCCUUACGGCGGAAUCCGCCUUCUUACUGCGAUCUUUCAAUGACUUCUGCCGCGUCGACAACGAUGGAAAGUACGAGAGCCUUGCUGAAGAGAAGAUGCCGGAAGUCACCGCGCUCGGUUAUUACCUCGCCAAAUACAUGAACGAGCUCUUGCAAAGGAAGAAAUUGUCCAAGGAAUCCGGGGACGCAAAUGAUGACGACGCAGUCGAGCAAGAAUUCAUCGUCGAGCAACUUCUUCACAUCGCUAUCACCCUGGACUAUAGUGAUGAAGUUGGUCGGCGGAAAAUGUUUGCGCUCCUUCGAGAAUCAUUGGCUGUGCCAGAGCUUCCGGAAGACUGCACCAAGCUUGCAGUUGAGACGCUCAGAUGCGUGUGCGGUCCAGAUCGCGCCGGCGAGGGCGAAUUCUGCAGUGUCGUGCUCGAAGCUAUUGCUGAAGUACACGACACGAUUAUGACAGAAGAUAGCUUUGUUUCCGCGAAGUCAGAGAUCAGUGAUGAUGCCAGCAGCCGCCAUCGCUCCGAGACCCCGGGUGAAGAGGAACCGGUUCCAUUCAACAAGGAAGAAGCCAAGGCCAAGAUCGUUCGAGAGAUCGUGGUCAACAUGAAGUGUCUUCAUAUCGCCCAAUGCAUGCUCCAAAACACCGAGGGUAACCUGCAGCAGAACAUGAAUCUCGUCACCAUGUUGAACAACCUCGUUGUACCUGCCGUUCGAAGCCACGAAGCCCCAAUUCGGGAGCGUGGUAUUUUGUGCUUAGGUCUCUGCUGUUUGCUUGACAAGAAUCUCGCUGAAGAAAACAUGACACUCUUCAUCCAUUGUUAUAGCAAGGGUCAUGAGGGCUUGCAAGUCACUGCAUUGCAAAUCAUCUGUGACAUGGUUACAACUCACCCUUCACUCCUCGCCCCUAUCACUCAAUCUGACGGCGAAACCGUGACGACUCCACCCAUCCAGAAGCCUUUGCUCAAGGUGUUCUCACGUGCACUGAAAGCGAACUCUCCGCCUAGUGUGCAGUCUGCUGCUGCUACUGCACUUUCGAAACUCUUGCUUACCAACACCUUCACACCAUCAGGGUCCAACGUCCCAGCUGCCAUUCAAGAAUAUAACCAAGCUUCCGUUGAGACAUUAUUACAGUCGCUGGUGGUUGCCUUCUUCCACCCACGCACGAAGGGGAACCCUGCUCUCCGACAGUCGCUUGCAUACUUCUUCCCAGUGUACUGCCACUCUCGGCUGGACAAUAUCCAGCACAUGCGGCGUGUUGCAGUGCCGGUGAUCCGUGCAGUCAUCAAUGCUGCCGAGGAACACUAUUCUCUUGAGGCGGAAGAAGACAGCGAUGGAGAAGUUGAUGAGAGUGUUGGAGAGCGCGAAGUCAAGGCGCUCAUGACCGGUGUUGUGGGUAUGCUGGCUGAAUGGACUGAUGAACGCCGCGUUGUUGGUCUGGGUGGCGAGCGUGUCUUGAUCGGUGGAACAGCCAGCUCAACUGCCUGUGGUUGGGUACACCUUGCGCUGGUCAAGGAUAUUUUGGAGCGUGUUCUGGGUAUCAGUGCUGGACCUAACCGCUGUUCGCGUGAGGAGCGCAAGCUUAUCUUCUCCCUUUUGAGCAAGCUUUACGUUUCCGCUCCAACGCUACCUUCUCGCGCUGGAUCGCGUGCUCCGGAAGGCGAAGACCAAUUCCGAACAAGCGUUCGCAGCGCCACAGCUCUCGAGAUUGAGCCCGACAAUAUCCAACUAGCCCAAGAAGUCAAGGAAUUGCUCGAUCAAACCAUAGAGGAGGGCCUUGCAGCGGAAGCUUCCAGCCGCAAUGCUUUAGUCAAGACCAAAAACUCAGUCCUGAAGAUCCUUGCUGUUGCCCAGGAUGCUCGCGCCGCUAGUGUACGCCCUCGCGCUGGAACGGAGGAUCUUGAGAGUGAUGCCGGCAGUGUCCGCUCCGCGAGCGUGCGGCGUUCUGUCGAGCCUUCUGGGAUUAACCGACGCCAUGUUUCUGUAGAACCCAGCAUCAUGGAAGAGGACGAGGACGAAAAUGACAAUACCCGAAUUCGAUCUGGUAGCGUGCGUCCAUCUGUCGAGGGCGGUGCUGCUAGCCGAGGCUUGGUCUCCGUGGAGCCUAGUAUCAUGGAGGAAGAUGAGGAUGAUCAUGAUACUAGCAGGGGAACGGUGAUUAAGGACGAAGUCGAUGCUUGA